AUGUCAUUUCCGGAAAAACCAGUGGCCCAAUUGCUGGGCGCGAAUGGUCCUGUCCAUGCCGUGACAUACUCAUCGUCGCCGGGGACGUAUAUCCUCACAGGCUCUUCGGACCGGUCCAUACGGCUCUACAACCCCAGCACCACAGUCCCAGCCCCCGGCAACACCACUACCACCAUCACGCCAGGGUCCCGGAGCUCACAGCCGUCGGUUCCCCAAGGAAAGCUCAUCCAGACCUACUCAGCGCACGGCUACGAAGUGCUCAGCAUUAGCGUCUCAACUGACAAUGAGCGAUUCGCGUCCUCGGGCGGGGACCGCCUCGUAUUCCUCUGGGACGUGGCGACAGCGCAGACGAUCCGGCGAUUCGGCGGCGGGCCACAUGGUCACUCGGCGCGGAUUAACUGCGUGAGUUUCGGCGGCGAGGGGGACAGCGUCCUCGUAUCCGGGGGCUUCGACACGUCGGUGCGGAUCUGGGACGUGAAGAGCCAAAGCGCCAAGCCGAUCCAGGUGCUCGACGAGGCUCGGGACGCCGUGACGUGUCUAGUUGUCCGAGGUCCCGAGAUUAUAGUGGGCAGCGUGGACGGCGUCGUGAGGGCGUACGAUAUACGCAUGGGGACGUGCGUGAGCGACACGAUGGGGGCGAGCGUCACGAGCUUGGAUCUCACGAGGGACGGGACGGCCAUGUUGGUGGGCACGCUGGAUAGUAAGCUGAGGCUGAUGGAUAGGGAGAAGGGGACGUGUCUGAAGACUUUUGAGCAUGGGGCUUGGUUGAAUAAGGAGUUGAGGGUGCAGGCUGUGUUGGGCGGGAGGGAGAGGUAUGUCGUCGCUGGGGAUGAGUUGUUGGGGGCUGAUGUGGCGACGCUGGAGAGUGGGGAGGGGAGGGUUUGGGCUUGGGAUUUGCUUUCGGGGAAGGUUGUUGCGAGGAUCCAGGUUCCUUGGGGUCCGAUGGGGCAGCAGAAUCGGAAGAGAGUUGUUGGGAGGGACGGGAAGGAGAAGAGGCAGAAUAAUGUGAUAAGUUGUGUCGCGUGGAGGGAGGGCGGAUGGGGAGACCAGUUUUGCGUGGGAGGCAUGUCUGGUGUGGUAACGGCCUACGGAGCUGGGUAG